AUGCAAGCCAGCGAGCAUACCGAUUCCCACUACCUUCUUCCUCCAAACCCAGAUCUCGAUCAUGACACAACAUACUUAACCAUGAACCUAUACAACUCACCAAUCAUGCAAUUCAAUCUUAACACACCCUCAAACCCAUUCUACAAUCUUCACAUGAACCCCCACUAUCAUGAAAUUAACCCGUAUUUUUCUGAUGAAGCAGAUGAUCAACAACAGAUAAACCUCAUCAAUGAAAGGAAGCAAAGGAGAAUGAUAUCUAAUAGAGAGUCAGCACGUAGGUCCCGCAUGCGCAAACAGAAGCAUUUAGAUGAACUUUGGUCGCAGGUGGUUUGGCUUCGUAAUGAAAAUCAUCAACUUGUUGACAAAUUGAAUAAAUUUUCAGGGACACAUGAUCAAGUUCUUCAAGAGAAUGCUCAGCUUAAAGAGGAAGCUUCAGAACUUCGUGAAAUGAUCAACAAAUUGCAGCUUAAUGAAACUUAUCCUAGUUUGAUGGACUUAGAUGAUAUCAAUAGCAACGCAUUUUACCUUUAG